UACAAGAUACCAUUCAAAGUGUACCUGCUCAUGCCACGUCAUACACAUUCUUCUUACGCAAACAAGACGCUAUUCCUACAAAGUGGAAGCCACCCAGGGAGGCUUGUAACCACAAAUUUCAAUACUCUUCGUUGCUGUUGGAAGCGCAGAGAUAUGUCAGAACACAAAAUACUAUUAUUAUUUUUUUUUGUGGGUAUAAUCGCAAUCGCACUGGUUUCAGCGGCAGAUGACCCACAGAUUACUUACCUGGGCUCUGGAUGCAGCGAGAGUCUAAACAGGACUUACAAAAAUUUGACUGCUUUCAAUCACAAUCAAGCUGCUGUUUUCGGAUCGCUUGCCUCGAAUCUGUCUUCUAAUGGAUCCCAUUUCGCCACUUCAGUCAUCGACAACGACACCACAGAUCCAGUGUAUGGACUUGUUCAAUGUAGAGAAUAUCUCACACCCAACGAAUGCUUACAGUGCUUCACCGCAGCCAAGGCUAAAGUGAAGAAGUUUUGUCCUAAAUCUAAUGGAGCAAAGAUUCAUCUUGAUGGCUGUUUUCUGCGUUUUGAGAAUAACACUUUCUUUGAUGAGGGAGAAGACGGUGGAGAUGCUGAGAAUUGCUCCACCGUGUCUGAGACUGUAGACUUCUCCAACACAGCGUAUGGACUACUAAGUCGGCUCAUACAAAACGCUUCUACAAACGAUGGCUAUGCUGUCGGCUCCCUCAACUCUAUCUAUGCUCUUGUUCAGUGCGUCGAAUCCCUUAACAACGACACAUGCCAAUCUUGCCUCAGGGAUGCUCGGGAGCGUCUUACAACAAAUUGCCUUCUCAUCCAGGAAGCCCAUGCUUUGAUGGCUGGUUGUUUUAUUCGCUAUGCAAAUUAUCCUUUCUUUUCUCAUAACCUGACCGCGUCCACAGAGAAUGAAAAUGGGUCAAAGUCCAAGAGAGUGCGUAUAUUGUUAGGAAGCAUUGGAGGAGGAAUUUUGUUGGCGGCGAUGUGUGUUGCUGUGCUUUGUAGAUAUUGCCAGUGCCGCCAGAGGUUUAAGAGCUUCAUCCCUGUCUUUGCCAAAAGAGAAGAGGAUCUGGAUGCAAGAGAAGUAAUCGAGCAAGUUACAAUUUAUAAUUACGAAACUCUUCGAGAUGCAACUGCUAAUUUCAAUCCCAGUAAUCUACUUGGAAAAGGGGGAUUCGGCGAAGUUUACAAGGGAAAACUUCUCGAUGGAAAAGUUAUUGCCGUGAAGAAGCUUAGCGAAAGACAAAAAACGCAAGCCAUGAAUGAAUUUCUGACAGAAGUGAAGUUGAUCAGUAGUGUUCGUCACCGCAAUCUUGUUCGUUUGCUUGGCUGUUGUUCGCACGGCCAUGAGCGAUUGCUAGUUUACGAAUUUAUGUCAAACAAUAGUCUUGACAAACAUCUUUUUGGGAGUAAAGGGAUGUUUUUGGAUUGGGAAACCCGUUUGAACAUCACAGUGGGCACAGCUCGAGGUCUUGCCUAUCUUCAUGAGGAAUCUAAUGUUCGCAUAGUUCACAGAGAUAUCAAACCUGGAAACAUUCUUCUAGAUGAUAAGUUUCUUCCAAAGAUAGCAGAUUUCGGAUUGGCUAGAUUCUAUCCUGAAGGGGAAUCCCACGUUUCCACCAAAGUUGGAGGAACAAUAGGUUAUACUGCGCCUGAGUAUGUCGUUCGUGGACAAUUAACAGAAAAAGCUGACGUCUAUAGUUUCGGGGUGGUGGUUCUUGAGAUUGUUAGUGGAAGAAAGUGUAUAGAUCAAAAGUUGCCAGAUCCUCUUCAGCUUCUUUUGCAAUGGAUUUGGCAACUCUAUGAGAGCGAGCAAAUAUUGGAAAUGGUUGAUCCGAAGUUGAAAGGAGAGUACCCACAAGAGCAAAUGGUAAGAGUUAUAAGAAUUGCUCUACUGUGUGUAAAAGCAUCUCCAUCCCAGCGUCCAAGUAUGACACAAAUUGUAUCAAUGUUAACAAGUAACUCGGAGAUAACUGAUCAGCCUACCAAACCGGCGUUUCUAGAAAGUAAUGUAAAUGACAGAACUCCAACUUCUUCGUCGAGGGAUUCAGCAGGAUCUCAUGGAUCUGUUACUGUAUCUUUAUUCCCUCGUUAGUUAUUCCUUUUCACUACUAACUCAUUAUUUCAGCAUAGAACUAGCUAAGGACUAUAGAUACAGAAAAUCAUAAGUUUUGUGUAUGGCAAUCUAUAUUAACAUUGAGUUCGUUUAUCAAAAUUAAAGAUACAAGCCUGUA